UUUAACUUUGUUUGCGCCAUGUUUUAAAAAUUUAUGAUUACUAUUUUUUUCAUGUAUAAAUUUAUACAAAACAUUGUUUAAAUUGAUUUAAACAAUUUUAAUCAUUAUCUGUCUUAAUUAAAAUCAUUUUAUGAAUUUUCCUUCAUAACUGUGAUAUUUUCUUUGAUUCGUUCUCUUCCAACUGUGUGUUUAUGGAUGUGCGUUAGAGGAAAUGUUUUGUCAUUACUUUUAAAAAAACAUCUAUAUUAUAUGUUAAAAGUUUUGAAACUUUGCGAUAGUUAUCGAAUAAUGCUCGUCUGCCUGUUUGCAGCACUCGAUAAAUCGAUAUCUGAACCAGUGCAGCAGUGAUGAUUCAAAUAGUUCAUACAACAGUUUAAUAAUAGAUAUGCAAAAAUUUCCUAGAAGUAAACCUUUGAACAAGGCUCGGUGGACUAAAGAAGAGGAUGAAAAAUUGAAAAGACUUGUUGAACUUUACACUAGUGAAGGUUGGAGUAAAAUUGCUAGCUUUUUACCUAACCGCACAGAUGUACAGUGUCAACAGAGAUGGCAGAAGGUUGUUAACCCUAACCUCGUCAAAGGUCCUUGGACUAAAGAAGAAGAUCAAAUGGUUGUUGAUUUAGUUAAGAAGUAUGGACCACAAAAAUGGACACUAAUUGCUAAACAGUUACGUGGAAGAAUCGGGAAACAAUGCAGAGAAAGAUGGCAUAAUCAUCUCAAUCCAGAUAUUAAAAAAACUGCUUGGACAAAUGAAGAAGAAAGGACUAUUUGUGAAUGUCAUGCAAAAUGGGGUAAUCAAUGGGCAAAAAUUGCAAAACUUCUGCCUGGCAGGACAGAUAAUGCGAUAAAGAAUCACUGGAAUUCCACUUUGAAAAAAAGGGUUGAAAUGGAUGGGAAAUUAAAUAAUGCAGAUAUUCAUGGUUUACAAAGCUCUGAAGAAAGUGGGUUGGAGCCAGCUUCCCAAGAAAGUCAAUAUUCUCCUAUGCAAGGAUAUUAUCGAUCAGAAUCCAAUACUCCUGUUUAUCAAACACAAUCUGCACCUACACCACCAAGUAGCCAGUCAUUUCAAGUGCAGUCAAAUGAUUGUCCUGUCCAGUUUGUGCCUUCUCCUCAUUCUGACCAAGAAUUGUGGAAUUCAAACACUGGUUUGUUACCACCUCAAAAUGGGAAUAUAAAUUCGCCUAAUUCUGUAAUUCAGGAUGAAGCUAACUGUGGAAUUACUUCAAAUAAAGCAGACUUUGACAAUAUAAAAUUAGAACCUGCUGAAGAAAAUAGGCUUAUGCAGUUAUCUUCGGCACUUACCACUUUGAGCUGUGAAAAGUCUCCAGAAUUCCCUGGAGUUGCACCUAUUGGAAAUUCUAGUCCCUUUCAGAAAGAAAAUCAAGUUGCUGUUCAAGAUAACCAUGUUAGUAAUACUAUAGAAGGACUCCUUACAAAGCAUACAUUACCACCGAUUCUUCGAAAGGGAAAAAAGAGAAAAUUGAAUCAACCUCUUGCUGAUUGUUCGAAUUUUAUCAGAAGUGAUAUGAGUUUAACUACUUAUCCACAAUAUCCAGUUUAUAAACCUUCUAGUGAAAUUUGUAACAAUUUUGCCACUUUGGAUCCAAGUUUAGAUUUGGAUUAUGAUAAAACUGCUGAAGCUCUCAUUCAGUUCCAAGAUUCAAAAACUAUGGAUUUGAUAGAUAUAGAAUCCAUAAUAUCUGCUCUCCCUGUAAAUAAUAAUCAAAUGUCAGAAAUAUUUAGGAAUUCUAAUUUUCAAGACUUGUAUUGCAACACUGUACAGUCAAGUUCUUUUCCUGCAGUUCCAAAUGAUGGUACCGAUGUAAACAAUUUAACUUCCAAAAACAAUUUAUUUUCAAAUUCACAGUCUUCUAAUCCAAGUAUAAUGCAAGAUAACCAACUGUAUCAGGGAGUUCCUAACUCUAUGCUAUUAUCUGAAUUAGCUGCAACAAAUUCUUUACCUAGCAAUGAGAAUUUGCUGAGUACUCCCAAACAGAUAUAUUUUGAAUCAUCGCCUAGAACUCCUACCCCAAUUAAAAAAGUUCUUGCUGAUAUAGACCCUUCUACGUUUCAAAAUAUCAAUACUUUUGGGGAUCUUGAUGAAUUUAUCAAAAAUGAAGUUCAGGACAACUGUGAUGCAAAUCAAGUUUAUGGAAUUUGUGAUUCCAGCAUUAUAAAUAAUUUCAGUCCAAAUCUGAACAGAAUGGAUAAAAUUGGAAAUGAAUUGUGGUGUUCUCCCUCACAGAAUGGAACCACAAAUUAUGAAUGUUUAUCUAGUUCAGACAGCACAAUAACAGCACAUUCAGGAUCUCCAUACCAGUAUGAAAGUGGACUUCAAAGUGUUUAUAUGCCUUUCAUGUCUAACCACAGCAGUCUGCCUUACAGUUCUAAUGAAAAGUAUCCAUGUAUUUGAAGAUGGAUUAGUAACCCAUGGAUAUUCAAGCGUAUUUAGUAUCCUGUAUAGCUGUUUUUAGAACUUUAAUAUUAACUGAAGACUAAACAUAGAGAUCUGCUGAUGUGUUGUGGUCACAAAUACUUUUUUAUGUGAUAUUACCAGUGUUUUUGAAGCCUGUACUGGGACUAAAGAUCUAACUAUUGAUUUCUUAAACUAACAUGGUUUUCGAUAAAACCUGCAUUUUUUUAAAAAAAAUAUCUAAUGGCAGCUUUGAAAUGUUGGUGUUGGGACCAGACACAGGACCUUCUACAAUCUUCAUUCAAGCACAAGAUAGCAUCCCUUAUUGGUGUUAUCAAAUGUGUUUCAUUGUUAUUCUAUGUAAAUAUGCAUGACAUUGUUAUGCUUUCCUAAAUUUAAUUGGCAAUGAGAGUAUUAAAGAUCAUAAGAAUGUUGUGUCCAUGUAGUAUGUGGUAAAAACUUCCUUUACAUGUGAAUUAUGCAAAGCCAAUCCAAAAUCUCAUUUUCUCUAAUAUGUAUAUAUACUUGUAAUGAGAUUCUUAACAUUCCUUUUUCUUUAAAAGAUAAGCAGCAUGUUAUAAAAUUAAAAAUUUGAUUUAGAGUAUUUAAGUUUUAGCACUGCAUGAGAUCCUUGAUAUCUGAAUUUUAUAAUUGCGUACAGAUUGAGGGCAGUUAUAUGGAUUUAUGCCCUUUUUAGCUUUAAAGGUGUUUGUGAAAUCAAUUUGUUAAUACAAUGUCUUUCCUUUUUUGUUAUUAUUUUUAUUCAUUCUAGUGUAUAAUUUUUAUUACAGUUGUAAAUCUUAGAAAUUGUUAGAUUCAUUUUGCUGUAUGCUUUUUAUAUAAUUAUAUAUAAAAGAAUAUUUCUAACCUAGUCCCUAUAAUCAUAGUCCUGAUAGAAGAUUAUUUAUAUAGUGUGUGUGAGAAUGAGAAAGUUCCAUCUGUAUGAAUUUCUUAGAAGUAUUUAUUGUGUGUAAACAUAGGGUAAAGGUUUGUUUUUUUAAAAAUUGCUAAAGUUCUAUAACAUUAAGCAUUUUUGCAGGAUUUUGGACAUAAAAUUUAACCUCUUGUGCUGAGAAUUUAUUGAGGGAUGCUUAAUUUUAUAAAAUAUUUUUAAAAGAUGUGGAAUAUAGUCAUCAUAUUUAAAAAAAGAUUAACCUGUUCAAGACUGUGAUCAAAUAUCCAUGAUUAUGCAUGUCUCAAGCCUUGACAAAGUGAUGGCAUUUUUCUUGGCAACAAACUAUUAACAUAUAUUUAAUAGUUUGUUGGAUUAAACUAUUUACAUAUAUUUUGUUAAAUUUUAAUUUAUUUCUCAGAGAUCCUAUCAAAGCUCUUACCAACACACACUCUUAUUAAUAUCAACCACAAACUCCCUCACAUCUCUUCCUCUCCUUUUAGCCAUACGGCUGAAACAGCUAUAUGGAGGUUAGAGGCAUGAUGAUGUAUUUCUCUUUUCAUGGCUCAUAGUAUCAUGUUUAAGAUGAGACUUCAGCGGGAAGAUAUGCAUGAUAUCUGGAAAAGAGAAUCACUUGGUCAUUGAUAUAUGAUAACAGUCCCGAACAGGUUAAUAUUGAAUUGAUCCUAUUGAUAGUAAUUCAUUGCUGGGUUAUAUUGAAAUGUGUGGUGAGGCAAGACCUGUAUAUACAUUCUUGCAUAAGUAUAAUACUUUGCUCAGGCUUUCUGUCAUCUUUUGUUUGAUACUGUUGCAUUUAGUAGAGGUAGUAUGUCUAGAAAUAUGUCCCUACUGUAACCUAGUUGUAAUGAAGAGGCGAACCUGUGACAAUACAUUCAAUAAAUAUCUGCAAAUUAUCAAAUUCUAAUGAAAAAAUCUUCUCAAAAGUUGAAAAAAGAAUAUUUCACAGUAUUUAGCAUAGUUACCAACAAUGAACGUGUUAAGUUAUAACGUAAUUUAGUUAUAUAGGACAUAAAAUGGAAUGCUUCUUUCUUCAUGAAAAAGGAUAUAAUGCAUAAUAUUUCCUCUUUCAUUGUAUUAUUGUUUUGUUCACUCGUGAUAAUCAAAGUGCAAACCAUGACAUUCUAGUGCAAGAGGUUAAAUACAGACUUGGCUUAGCCUUCUGCGCCCUAUUUAAUUAAAAAAUUGUAUUCAAUAAUAAAAUUUAUUGGAAUUUCAUUCUUUAAGUAAUAAGUUUUAAAAUAUAUUUAUUGAUUUUAAAAAAUUCCAUGUAUACUUACAUGCUUGUAAAUUUGUGUAAUCUGUGUUUAGAAUUUAUUUAAAUCCCGAGUUUGUAUCAAACUACCUAAAGUUAAGGCAUUGUUACAUUAUGGAGACAUUAUUAUGUGAAGUGUAAACUAUUUUUCUCCACACUUGUUGAUACUCUUAAAAGACAAAGUUCCAGUCUCUACUUCUAUCACAGGAGGAAAUCCUUGCUCCUCACGGAACAAAAUUUGUUUAACUGGGAAGUUCUUUAACUGUGAACUCCCACCCUCCCUAAUUUUAUUUUAAUCAUGUUGUAAAAAGAAAGAAGGCUUAGUGUAUAUUUUUUUUAAAAAAUGAAUUAACCUUAUAUAUCAAAAUUUAUUAUUUUACUAGUCAUUAUGUAAAAAUCUUUAAAGUACAAAAUACUGUUUAAUUUAUCAGUGAUCUAUAAAUAUAGAAAUGUUAUUUAAAAGAAGGAGGGAACUGUGCGAUGAUUUUUCUGUUAUAUCAGUGAUUGACAUUUAAGUCUAUUUUGUUGUUCAUUCAUUCCUAUUGGUGACAAAAAAAUUAAAUUAUACAUAUAUUUGAAUAAUCACUUGGAACUUUUAAUACAAAAAAAAGAGGGAAUGCUAACGAAUUUUAUAUAAACAAUGCAAUUUGUAAAACAGUAAAUGUUUGUGCUAGGCAAUUACAUAAUUAGCUGUUUUGAAAUCUUAUCAUAAUUAUGAUUUUAUGUUCUAUGUAAGCAUACAGUAGUUCAUCUUCAAACUAAAAACUCUUCUAUGUUAUUCCACUGCUAUUGUUCUUAGUAUUAUUGCCUUUUUACAAUUUUCCAUUCAAACAUUCCUUUGUUGUUAUGCUGUGCAUUUCAAUUUGUGAAUAACCUGUAUAACUAAUCUAGUCUGUUUUAUCUAGUUUUAUAACCUUUAGAUUUAAAAGGAAUAAUAAAAUAAUUUUAAUUCUAAUUUAAAUAAAUCUUUCUAAUUAUAAUAAUUCCUGAUAGAAAUGCAUUAAUAUGCAAAUUACAUUUUCUGUAAAUUAACUUAAAAAUAUAUUUGUUUUAAUCAUAGUAGCCUGAAAUAUUUGCUGCGGAAAUGUGAAUAAAGUAUUGUAAUUAUCAAGUUUUUUUGUGAGAGAUAACAGUAAAUUUACUUUUUAAUUAAUAUUUGGUUGUUUAUAUUUAAUAUUUUAAUUUAAAUGAUAUUUUUUUUCUCUUUUGGUUUCCUUCAUAAUGAGAUUCAUUUAGGGAAGAGUGUUGCCUCCUAAUUUAAACACUUUUUUCUAAUUUCUCCCUCCUCUUCUCUCUUUUGAGUUAAGUUUUGUCCUGUCUUACUUUCUAACAUGAUUUGUAUUGUUUUCCCCCUCCCUACUUUGUAAAAAUGAAAUCAGUUGAUUUGAUAUCUUUAUAACUAUAUCUGAUUCUAAAAUUGGAUAUUAAAUUCCUAUAAAACAGGAAUCUCCAAAUUUAAAACCUGACAAUUUAUUUCUGCAGUCCGUUUUUGAAACUUACAAUAGCCAUGAAAUAUUCAUAACUUUUUCCAAAAUCAUGAAUAAAAGGUUAUUUAGAUUAAAUUUAAU